UCUCCAUCAACACGCAUAUAAAAUUUCCCUCGCUCUCACCUCUCACUGUGAUUGGGAUGGUGGGCACCGGAUUUACGCCCAUUUGCCUCAAUCUUCGGCGUCAGAGGAAAAUCCAUGAAAUUCUAAACUUGUUAUUUAUUUAUUUUUUAAAGAGUGAACUCCGAAACAAAGAGUAAAUAGAAACUCGGUUGCUUAACAUUAUUUACGAACCCAAAACUACAGAGAAGUCUGUGAGUCUAACACAGAGAGAGAGGGGGAGAGAGAGAGAGAGAGAGAGUGGACUGUGGGAGAAAGGGGCAGGGACAGAGAGAGAGAGAGAGAGAGAGAGAGAGAGAUUAGAGAGAGAAAGCGAAAAAAAGCUGAGCUAUGAAAGGGACCGAGGGGCCGAACUGAAGAACUAGCCUUGUUUUUCUCAAGUCAAACAAACUCCAAGGAAGCGAAACCGGAAGAGCUUGCGAUCAGCGAGUGCACGGCGAUUAUCGGAUGGUCUUUCCGAUCGUCGGCGACAAGACAUGCUCGUCGGCGGCGUCUUCGGAGCUGGAGUUAGCGCCGGCGGCGGUGGUGAAGGGAGGAGGAAGAGGUGGUUGUGGAGAGAGUAGUAGAAGUAGUAGUAGCUCGGGUAAGUCGGUGGCGGUAGGUGGAGGAUGAAGAAAGGGAAGGGAAGGAAUAACGGCCUUUUGCCGAAUUCGUUCAGGAUCAUAUCGUCUUGCCUCAAAACGGUGUCGUCGAAUGCCGGCUCGGUCGCUUCCACUGUCCGCUCAGCCGGUGCCUCGGUCGCCGCCACGAUUUCCGCCGCUUCUUCCGAGGAUCAGAAGGACCAGGUUACCUGGGCUGGCUUUGACAGGCUAGAGCUUGGUCCAUCUAUCUUCAAACGUGUCCUGUUACUCGGUUACCAGAAUGGUUUCCAAGUUUUUGAUGUGGAGGAUGCUUCUAACUAUAGCGAACUGGUUUCGAAGCGUGAUGGUCCAGUAUCAUUCUUACAGAUGCAGCCCUAUCCUGCAAGUUCUAAUGGCCAGGAAGGAUACAGAACUUCCCAUCCACUUCUGCUGGUUGUUGCUGGGGAUUACACCAACUGUUCGACCAUAAUUCAAAAUGGUACCCAGUCGGUUGGGGUAUGCAAAAAUGGCGGUGCGGAAUCCAUGUCAGGAAAUUGUGCCAACUCGUCUACAAACGUUCAGUUUUAUUCCCUUAGGUCCCAUUGUUAUGUGCAUGUUCUCAGAUUCCGGUCAGCUGUGUGUAUGGUUAGAUGCAGUCCUCAGAUAGUGGCUGUCGGUCUUGCCACUCAAAUUUAUUGCUUUGAUGCCCUCACUCUUGAGAACAAGUUCAGUGUUCUCACUUAUCCUGUACCUCAGCUGGCGGGACAAGGAUCAAUUGGUGUUAAUGUUGGUUAUGGUCCAAUGGCUGUGGGUCCAAGGUGGCUGGCAUAUGCGUCCAAUAGCCCACUGGUGUCAAACAAUGGCCGAGUAAGCCCACAAAGUCUAUCUUCUUCACCAGGAGUUAGUCCAUCUACAUCACCAAGUGGUGGUAAUUUGAUGGCUCGUUAUGCAAUGGAGUCUAGCAAACACUUGGCUGCUGGAAUAAUCAACCUGGGAGAUUUGGGAUACAAAACUUUGUCCAAAUACUGCCAAGAGCUGCUUCCUGAUGGGUCUAAUUCUCCCGUUUCAUCAAGUUCUGGCUGGAAGGUUGGCAGGCUUGCGGGAACAGAAAUGGAUAAUGCUGGAACGGUUGUUGUCAAAGAUUUUGUUUCUAGAUCAAUUAUCUCACAGUUUAAAGCUCAUACUAGUCCAAUAUCUGCACUGUGUUUUGAUCCAAGUGGGACCCUUCUGGUUACAGCCUCUAUAUAUGGGAACAAUAUAAAUAUUUUUCGGAUAAUGCCUUCAUUUACCCGCAGUGGUUCCGAUGUUCAAAACUUCAACUGGAGUUCUUCUCAUGUGCAUCUAUACAAACUGCAUCGAGGGAUAACUUCAGCUAUGAUACAAGAUAUUUGUUUUAGUCAUUACAGUCAGUGGAUUGCAAUUGUCUCAUCCAAGGGGACCUGCCACAUUUUUGUUUUAUCCCCAUUUGGUGGCGAUGCUGGAUUUCAACUUCUUAAUUCUCAGGGUGAAGAGCCAUCUCUAUACCCUGUUUUGUCUCUGCCAUGGUGGUCUACGUCAUCAUACAUCAUUACUCCACAAUCUUUUCCUCCCCCUGAGCCCACUGUGCUUUCUGUUGUGAGCAGGAUAAAAUAUAGUAGUUUUGGAUGGCUUAGUACAGUCAACAACACUGCUGCUUCUCCAACAGGAAAGGUUUUUGUGCCAUCUGGUGCGGUCGCUGCUGUCUUUCAUAAUUCUCUAUCUAACAGUCUUCAGCAUGGUAACUCAAGGGCUGAUUCGUUGGAGUAUCUUUUAGUUUAUACUCCAUCUGGUCAUGUAGUUCAACAUGAACUUCGGCCAUCAAUUGGUGUAGAACCAAGUAAAGCUGGUUCAGGUGUCCAAUCAGCUUCACUUGUGUCCAUGCAGGAGGAUGAACUGAGAGUGAAAGUUGAACCUAUUCAAUGGUGGGAUGUAUGUAGACGAUCAGAUUGGCCAGAGAGAGAGGACUGUCCUUUAGGUACCAACUUUGAUAGACAAGAUGUGACCGAAACGAUUCAAAAUAAACCAGCCUCCAAGAAUUUGUAUGGACUAGAGUUGUUAGACAUAAAUGCUGAUGAUGGGGAGAAAAAGAUAGUAGAAAAUUACAACGGAAAGCCUUAUGAGAGGUCCCACUGGUACCUAUCAAAUGCUGAGGUGCAAAUAAGUGCUUUGAGGUUACCUAUAUGGCAGAAAUCAAAGAUUUGCUUUGAUAUGAUGGGUUGUCCAAGAGUUGAUAAUCUUGAUAGUGGAGAGUUCGAAAUUGAAAAGUUACCUGUUCAUGAAAUUGAAAUGAGGCAAAAGGAAUUGUUGCCUGUUUUUGACCAUUUUCAUAGCAUCAAAUCAAGCUGGAAUGACAGAGUCCCUCUUGGGGUACGAUAUCCCAGUUCGACUUUUCCAGGACCACAUUAUACAGAUGAGAAGAUUACUGAAGAGACUGUUAUUUGUCAUUCAAAGCCCGCAUCACUUAGUUCCACAGAAAGCUCAGAUGGUGGUUCUUCAAGAAGAAUCGAGAAUUUUCUUGAUUUUGACCAAAUAAAUUGCGAGAGGUUGUAUUCAGCCACUUAUCAUACCCCAAAUCACCAGGAAAGAAAAGAGAGAGCUUUUGAACCAUCCACGCCAAAUGAUGAAUCCUUGAGCAUUCUCUGCCCUCCCUCUGCUCAUCGAAAAAACAUUGACUCUCAAGUUGACAAUUGUAUCACUAAUGGUUUACCUUUGUUAGGCAGUAAGUUGCCUCCUCUGGGAAGAGGUUCUGGGGAAGGAGCUGCCUCUUUAAGCACCGGUAGUACUGACGCCCCACUUUUGGUUUCUGACCAACAUGCAUCAAGUAUGAACACUAAUUCCGAGGGGUCUUCUGUUUUGCACCAUCCAGUAGAUCUUGGACAGUUAUUUCGAGAGGGACAUUGUACGACAACGGAUAACAAUGGAUGCCAUGGGUUAACUGAAAUUGUAACUGGUGAAGUUGACAACAGCAGAAGCCAUUGUCAAAAAGAAAAACCUGAGGAUGGGGAAAGUGAUGAAAUGCUUGGAGGCAUAUUUUCCUUCUCUGAAGAAGGUUGAUCUAUUGAAUUAAAGUUGCUUGAUUCAUGCCAUGUAACAUCUUUUGACGUUGGAAGUGCAAUGCACAUUGUAAAUAAAAGUUUAUGUGGGUGCAACUGUUCAAGCUUGUUGAUGUGGUAAGGCAUAUCUAUUUCUCUUGUAAAUUUUUGUAUGGAAAUCUGUAAAUUCCUAGAGGAUGCUAAACUUGGGGGCAGAUUGUGGUGACAACGAGUGUGUAUGCCCUCGGUGGAAGCCGAUUUGGUUUUGCAUUCCCUGUCCUGAAACUUUUUAAUUUUUUCAAGCUUUGUCUGUACAGAUGAUCGAAUGUGAAAACAAGUUCUCUCCAAGUUGUAUAACAA